AUGGCAUCGUCGACUUUGAUGGAAGCCGGCGGUGAACUCGCGCCUAGCGGCAGUGCGUUUCGACUCGUCACACCUUUGAGACUGCCAUGCGUGUCCCCUCCACAUCCUCCGUCAGAGCAGCAGACGCAACAUCAGCGACGUUCCCAGCUUCAGCAACACCAGAGGCAACAGCAGCAACAACAAAGAACUCAGCAACGAACACCAUCCCAACAUCAAUUGCUACGGGACAAAGAACAAAAUCGUCAAAACACAGAUGACUCGUCGAGCAAGUCGCCCGACCCACCAGAGGACGACUCGGGCCGUGAAGACGAGUCGUGUACCAGUCCGUCUCGUCUCGAGCAGUCGAGCUCCCCUUUCGAGUCACCGUCUCUCAACGCUCCCGCAUCGCACCCGUUGGCAGUCAACUUGAAACCCCUGAAUUUAUCGACAAGUGAUCUGAAGAACAUCGUUCGCCCGUGGGUACACCUCGACGGGAAAGAACAGCAGAGCGGACAACUAGAACAGCUUCACCUAGAGCAACAACGGCAACAGUUAUUGUUGCAGCAGCAGCAGCAGCGACAGCAAGAGCGCCAACAGAACUCUCAAGCCCCCGCGGACGAUGCUUCCCGAUUAUUCAACCCGCUGCUGCAAUUCGACUACGGGGAAAUACUGCGACGGCACGGAAGCUUCCGACCGAUGUUCCUCGACCUGAACCACCAUCCCCUUCAACACGCUUCUCUGUCCGACAUCUACUCUUGCGUUAAGUGUGAUAAAAUUUUCAGUACUCCGCACGGGCUCGAGGUCCACUCCCGAAGGGCGCACAUGGGUAGUUCGAGGCCUUUCGCCUGCGAUCUAUGUGACAAGACCUUCGGCCACGAGAUGGGUCUCGCUCAGCACCGGUCCGUUCAUUCGGCCGAACGAAGUUUCGAGUGCAAACAGUGCGGAAAAUGUUUCAAACGCUCUUCGACAUUGUCAACGCACUUGCUGAUUCACUCCGACACUCGACCUUACCCAUGCGAGUACUGCGGCAAGAGGUUCCAUCAGAAGUCUGACAUGAAGAAGCACACCUACAUCCACACAGGGGAGAAGCCGCACAAAUGUACUGUGUGCGGCAAGGCCUUUAGCCAAAGCUCGAACCUGAUAACCCACAGUCGGAAACACACUGGAUACAAGCCAUUCGCCUGCGACAUCUGCGGGAGAGCCUUCCAACGGAAGGUGGAUCUGCGUCGUCACAAAGAAACUCAGCACUCGGGAGGCUUACCAGCGCUGGUGGGGUCUCAUCUCGUCGCUCAGAGACAGCCGUCGGACCUCAUCACCCCGGGACCACCAUUGACGCUGCCGCUUCCACUCACAUAA